GGUCGCUAUGUACAUAGCUAUAGCUUCUAGUCCGGGACGCUUGUCUGGCGUAUCCAGACACAUGCACCAUAUUCUCAUCACUCACAUUGAUGAGGAAAUUAAAUAAUUAUAAUUAUAUUUAUGUUUAAUAAAACAAGAAAGCUUACCGAAAUGUUCGAGUGAGUGAUCACUGUAGGGAAGAUGGAGCUGUCCUGGUCGUCUGGUCGUCGACAUCGACGUAUUGAUAAUGGGUGAUGCAAAAUUAGCUAACUCCGCAAAAUCCUUAGGGCAUCCUAGGUUGGGUGGGUGCGCAUGGUCAUAGCAUCGACCAGCUGAACAUUAAGAUUUCGUCGUUUAUGUAAAUUUAAUUCUCUUGUUUACCUUUUUCUGUUUGUCUGCUUGUUAGAGAUCGUAGGUAUGUAGAGGCGUGAGACUUCGAUAGUUAUCGAUGCUCCGGAAAACUCUGCCCUGAAAAAAGCCAGAGCUAGCAGCACUGCCACUAAGGAAAGAAAGCAGUUCGUAACAAAAUGGCGCUCACUAUAAUCCAGAAGCAAACUUCUGUCCGAACGAAGCAGACUAUACCUGGAAGUCAGAGCUUGUCUAUAAAACGAAAAAAGUGCUACUUCGAAGUGCUACUAUAUAUAUAUAUAUAUAUAUCAGUGUCAGGAUGCGAAAGGUGAAUGUUCUAGUUCGGACGCGCGACGACAAGAAGACCGUCUACGAGGUGGAUCGCUUCGGAACGGUGGCCAACCUAAAGGCACGGAUCGGGCGAGCCAUGUCCGUGCCCAUGGGCUUCAGUCAGCUGUCCUACAACGGUCGCGUGCUGUCCAAUCAGAGCGUACUGCUAGAUGUAGGCCAUAAGUCCACCCUGGAUCUCACCUGGAAGCCGGUCGUCCUGACGCCCAAGCAACUGCGCGAAAAGGGCGUUAUAGGAUGGACGAUGGCGGUUACAUUGAUCGGCGGUUACCAGCAAUGCAAAGAACGCGGUGGUAGCAUAGUCAAUUUACCGGACGGCGCCAGACAACGAAUCUUCAACGCAGGUAACGAUGAUGAACUGGAGGCCCAGGACUUGACUGGACUCGAUUUGAUCUCCAUUAAAGGCGGAGCUGGUGCCGAUUGCUCCAAUGGAUCUCAUGGAUUCUCUAGAUCUCAAUAAGAAGACCACGAAGAACGACAAUGAGAAUUAGACUAGAAUAAAUAAUUUCCAAUUCAAAUGCUUUUGUCCUCAUUUCAUUUCGAAAUUCCUUCAAGCCGAUCGAUUUUCAGGCCUCGAUUUGAAAUUUAAAUUUGCGAUACAAGCAUAAAUGAUGGAAUCUUACAACAAAUGCAUUUCACUCAUUCAUAUUUAAUAUUUAAGUUAAAUUAUUUGACUGAGUAUGAAACUGAAAAUUUCGAGAUUACCACCUUACCCAUUUAUGAAUCAUUUAAAGUAAUUUCUUCGAAGCAGUUAGCAUUUCAUUUCCAGUUUACAUUGAAACAUAUAAUUAACGACUUUAAUGCCAUAACUAUUUUUAAAAUUUGUGUAUUAUUUAUGGACUGCAUGGGCAGGACUUGCUUCUGAAAAUGCCAAAAAAAAUGAUCAAUUGGUGGCCUGGAGAACGAAAGCCACUUAAUUCAAAAUAAUUGUAAACAGUAGUGCGCAAACGAAAAUCAUGGAAAAACAUUACCAAGCAGUUGUUCCGUAUAUCCGUAUAUAUAUAUAUCAACGUUGUAUGAUUUUGAUCAGAAAGUAAUAAAAACAAUUUUCGAUUUGUUACGAAAUAUACAUAAA